AGGGGGCUGGAUGGGCGAGUUGGGCGCGAUGGCUCGAGCCCGGGCGGUGGCGGCGGCGGCCGGAGGCGGCGGCGCCUCCUCCUCCUCCUCCUCCUCGCCCCGGCGCCGGCGGUGAUCCGAACGAGCGGCCGCGGCCCCCGAUGAGACUGUUCGUGGGCUGGCUGUGCCUGAGCCUGGCGUCCGUGUGGCUGGCGCGGAGGAUGUGGACGCUGCGGAGCCCGCUCACCCGCUCCCUGUACGUGAACAUGACGAGCGGCCCCGGCGGGCCGGCGGCGGCGGCCGCGGGCGGCAGGAAGGACAACCACCAGUGGUAUGUGUGCAACAGAGAGAAAUUAUGUGAAUCACUCCAGGCUGUCUUUGUUCAGAGCUACCUUGACCAAGGAACACAGAUCUUCUUAAACAACAGCAUUGAGAAAUCGGGCUGGCUAUUUAUCCAAUUAUAUCACUCUUUCGUGUCAUCCGUUUUUAGCCUGUUUAUGUCUAGAACAUCUAUCAAUGGGUUGCUAGGAAGAGGCUCAAUGUUUGUGUUUUCACCAGAUCAGUUUCAGAGACUGCUAAAAAUUAAUCCAGACUGGAAAACCCACAGACUUCUUGAUUUAGGUGCUGGAGAUGGAGAAGUCACAAAAAUCAUGAGCCCUCAUUUUGAAGAAAUUUAUGCCACUGAACUGUCUGAAACUAUGAUAUGGCAGCUUCAGAAGAAGAAAUACAGAGUGCUUGGUAUAAACGAAUGGCAGAAUACAGGGUUCCAGUAUGAUGUCAUCAGCUGCUUGAAUUUGCUGGACCGCUGUGAUCAGCCCCUGACUUUGUUAAAAGAUAUCAGAAGUGUCUUGGAGCCAACUAGAGGCAGGGUCAUCCUCGCCCUGGUUUUACCCUUUCAUCCCUAUGUGGAAAACGGUGGCAAGUGGGAGAAACCAUCAGAAACUUUAGAAAUCAAGGGACAGAACUGGGAAGAACAAGUGAAUAGUCUGCCGGAAGUUUUCAGAAAAGCUGGUUUUGUUAUCGAAGCUUUCACCAGAUUACCAUACCUGUGUGAAGGCGACAUGUACAAUGACUACUACGUUCUGGACGAUGCUGUCUUUGUUCUCAAACCCGUAUAGACACGUGGAGGCCCGAGUCUUCAGAGCCCACCCCAAGAAUGUACACUCCAGGAGAGAGUCUGCGUUUGCGAUUACGUGAAGGGGGGACCUUUGGGGACCGCCAUUCUAAAUAUCAUGUAGGAAUUUAAAAAGCCAAAAUACUAAUUAUUUCUUUGUAGUGUGUAAAAGGAAUGUUUCUAAAAAAACAAAACCCAACUCUUUGAGGAUUUUUAUCAACUCUUUACUCAGUAUACAGGUCACACUCCCAAGUAUGGAAGAUAUUUUUUAUACUUAAUUACAGUAGGGACUCAUUCCCAGUCAAAGCAAUAGUCACGACGUCACAUGGAACCAAUAAAUAUGGGUUGUUUUUAAUAAAGUGAAGACUGGCAAUAAAGCUGUCCGUUCAGUUGCAAAUAUUUGGUUAUGAAAGGUAUAGCCACUGAUAUUCUUUCAUGUUUAGAAAUUCUUUCUGUUACUCAAAAAAUGUUUUUAAUCAUGCUAAUAAACUUUUUUGGAGAUGA